CCUGUGCUGGCCCACUGUGUCCCGUGAGCGUGUGUGUAGGGGGAGAGUGAGCCCAGAGCCCAGAGCAGACAGAGGAGAGCUGACCACUGCACUCACAAACUCAGGGACUGCAUGUUACAACCAACCACCCCCUCAGCCACUGUCGGCUAUCAGAUCCACAGAAUGGCGGGAUAGAAGGAAUCUCAACGGCACGGAGGUAGCAGAACUUGGAGCAGCGAGCCAGGACAGUGGCAGAGACCCUGGCACAUCAUGUACCCGACCGUCUUUGGACCCUUCGUACCCAGGAGAUUCGUGAGCCCCCAUGAGACUCUGUCGCUGCCCCCCAUUCAGAUGCACAACUUUUCCAGCCGGCCCCUGACCAUAGUCAUGGCAGAUGUGGACAGCUUCCAGGAAGGAGCAGGGAAAUGUGUAGAGUAUCACCACUUCUACGGGGCUCCCUAUUUCUUUCCGUACUGGUAUAUGCCCCCUGCCAAUCUGGCAGGAUAUACAUACCCACCAUACUAUCCAUACAAUGGGUACUACCCUCAGCAGACCCCACUCAGCUCAGCCAGUUGGCCUGAAGGCUCUGUGCUGAAGGGGGAGCUGCACUGGGGUAAGAUGGACCGUGUUUUUGGACCGGUAAGGGAGCUGCCCGACUUUGUCCAGGACGAGCUGCGCAGAGUCUACGGCACCUACCCCAAAACGAUUGUCACCAUCACCUACCAGAACGGGGAGUACCUGGUGAAAGGUGACCCCAAAGUGGGCGAGCAGAAAUACAAGGUGGAAAAGAAAGUUAUCAGGCGACCGCCCACCCCCAGCGAUGAGGAGGACGACUCGGUGAGCGAGGCUGUGGAGAAACACAAAAGGAAGUCGAAACGCUAGAGGCGCAGUCUUCAGAUGAUUUGUAAAGCAAUGGACGUUGUUAGUAAGAGAAAUGAAAGCAGGCGGUGCUAGAGAAACUCAGCAGGUCUGGCAGCAGCUGUAGAGAGAGGAAUGGAUUCAGUUCCAACAUGAACCAUUCGGUUUGAUUAUGUGUAAAGUCCCAAGCCGAUACAGCAUUAUGGCACAGUGAAUGCAGUGAGAGUAUAAUGGGUGAUUGGAGGUAUGUGGGUGUGCCUGAGAUCCCUCUGUUGGUUAAUGGCUACACUGCCUGUUUGUACACACACUCCAAAGCAACCAUGUCUGCAAUCCCUCUCUCAAAAAGCUGUCAGUUCUUAAAAUAUAAUUUAUAUAUUAAAUCUUCAAGUUAGUAAUACUCGAUUGAACCCAGUUUUUCACAUCAGGUCAUAUAGUGAUAGUAACACUCGCUGUCACUUCCUUCCACAGAAGGUGUUUUAACCUCUUUUUUAAAAAAAGGAAUUAUUACAGGAGUGUCUAAAACCUUAUAAGGUUGGGAAUACUCAGCAAAUCAGGUAACGUUGGUAUAGGGAGAUGCGGAACCUUAGUUUCUGACUGAAACUUCCAUUUUCUAUUUGUGUCUCGUAUUUCCAACAUCUGCAGUAUUUUUUUUGAUCUCUUAUUUUCAAUGGUUCUGUCACUUGGUGAUGCUUUAAGCUUUCAAACAAAACAAAGCAGUAUUACCUGCCCUUUCUCUUUCUAUGAAGCAAUCUCAAGGAGCUGAAUGGCUGCUUCCUGCUCUAUAUUCCUAUUUUCAGACUUCAGGUUUGUAUGUAGAUGUUUCCUAUUGUUACAGCUCACUGGGGGUCA